GCCUUCCACACCUGAGACAUGCGUUGCAAUGUUGUCAAUUACCUCAUUUUCACCUGCAGUAAUUGCUAAUUAGGUAUUUCCUUAGAAUAGGAAAGUUGCUGUAUCAUCCUAAUUUAACGCAGUGAUGUACAAAAUGCUCGUCAACACGCUUCUUCCUAGCACCCCUUACAUUUUGCUUACCCUCACACUCUCAUUGCACUUUCUUAACGUAAUUUCGUUGUGCACGUUAAAUACGCUUCUGGUCGUCUUCGUGCUGGUAUUUCUCCUGGGCCCGCUCGCCUACAAGUACUCGUACCAAUUUCAGCAGUCGACGAUAUUCCUAAACUUCGUCGCCUACCCGUCUCAAUCGAUUUUGAAAUACCCGUCGAGAUGCGGUCUGACUGCUGUCUCGCACUUCCACUUGAGGACCGACGACGACGUCACUCUAGGCGUGUGGUACGUCGCCCCCGAAAACGAGUCGAGGGACUGGGGCGAGGGUAAAGACCACAGUUCGUUGCUGGGCGACGGUCGAGACGUCGUGAUUUACCAUCACGGCAACGCGGGCAAUAGGUCGGCCUCGCACCGCAUCGAGCUGUACAAGAUUUUGAGGAGGCAGUUUCAUGUGAUCGCGUUCGACUAUCGCGAUUACGGCGACUCGAGCCGAGUGACGUUGAGCGAAAGAGGAGUGGUAAACGACAGCAUGUUCGUUUUCAAGUGGGUACGCGAGCGAGCAACCGGCAACGUAUUCAUUUGGGGACACUCGUUGGGCACGGCGAUUUCGACGCACAUGCUGGCUCUGGCAGCCGCCGAAAACCUGCGGCCGGCCGGCCUCAUUUUGGAAAGUCCCUUCAAUAACUUGCGUGACGAAAUGAAGCUGUACCCCUUUAUUAUGUUGCUACAAUUCCUUCCCUGGUUUUCGUACACGGUUCUGGACGCCGUGCAGGAGAAUAAGUUGCUGUUUAAAACAGACGAGCAUAUCAACAACGUGGACUGUCCAAUUUUGAUAUUGCACGCCAAAGACGAUAUGAUAGUGCCUUUCAAACUGGGACGGAAGUUGUAUCAGAGUGCCAAAGAAAAACGAAUGCCUACGCAGGGAGAGAUUCACUUUCAUCCCUUUGAUAAAGGGGAACAAUAUGGACACACCAACAUAUGGCGUGCACCCCAUUUAAGUGACCUGAUAAAGAAGUUCGUUGGUGAUUGUGCAAAGUGAAGUUAAUAUAGUAUUUUUUUGUCAAAUGGUACCUACCUAUUUAAUAAUGGCAGUAUUCGAUUGUAUUUUUCUAAUAAAUUUACAUAUUUUGUUGGUUUA